UUUUCGUUCGCGCUGCGCUCAAGUAGCCCGUCUUUGGGGAAAAUCUCGUCGCGCGACCCGCCAAUGAAAAAACACGUUUAAUUCUUUUUUUCUGUUGUUCUUGAGGUAUCUUAAAUUAGCCCAAAAAGACAACAGUCAGCUAUAAAGCUCUCAAUAUUGCUGGAGAAGCAGCUGCUGCUGUACUCAGCUGUUCCCUUUACCAAUACCCGUUUUCUUCAAUCAUAUAAAAAAAAUUACGUAUUAAGAAAAAUGUGUAAGAGAGAGGUGAAGUGAAAUAGACAACAAUAAGACAAAAAUUUAUGUGAAAUAUUCGGCUAUAUAAAUGGGCCUAAAAUAAAGCAAAAGCAACUAGCAACAACACGUUCAUCUUUAGCCAAACAGAUACGUAUCUUGUAUCUUUUUCGAGAACGAACGCAGCAAAAAUAAAAGAAACUAUUAAAAAGAAAAUAAGAACAAGUUUUACGCGCUGGCAACUCUUGGAUUUCAUUUUAUGGAAUUAAGCUGCUUGGAAUGAGGAGGAGAACAGAAACCUGCAUAAUUCAUUGACUUCCAAUGAUUCACAGACUUUCGAGUUGUAAGCCAUGGAUGAGUUGCAUGCUUCAAAUGUGCCACUUGUGGACAAGGAAAAUGGAUCCAGCGCCGUCAUACUGCCUGCCAAGAUAGCAUCCACAUCAACGUCCACGUCAACGUCAACUGCAAGUGCAACAGCUCUCAGUGCAGUUCUCUACAAGAGCUGUAAUAACAGCACAACCAUUGGAGAAACGAAACCAACAACAACAACAGGAGUCACAACAAGAGAGGAAGGAUCAGUCACAGGCACAGGGAAUGCCAAGCCUGAGCCAGUUCCCUUAUUAAAUCAGCUGCAGGCACUGCCCCUCCAGAAGACCAACGACUUGAAGCAAACCAAUUCUAACUAUGGCUCACAGAAUAAUCUGUGCAAUGGUAGAGUGAAUACGAACAACCAUGUGCUGGCUCCCAAGAUCCAAAACAACAGUCCCAAUGGACAGAAAAAAGGUACGAUAUCGUUAUCACAUCUGCCACAACGUCCGCCGGUCGACAUUGAGUUCUGUGAUAUCUCCUACUCUGUUCCGGAUGGGCACAUACGUGGUUUCAAGACCAUUUUGAAGAGCGUCUCGGGGAAAUUUCGCAAUGGACAGAUAACGGCCAUCAUGGGACCCUCCGGAGCUGGCAAAAGCACACUAAUGAACAUCCUUGCGGGCUACAAAACCUCCCAGUUGAGCGGAUCGGUGAUGAUCAACAGCAAGGAGAGAAAUCUGCGACGAUUCCGUAAACUCUCCUGUUACAUAAUGCAGGACGAUGUGCUCAUAGCGAACCUCACAGUGAAGGAGGCAAUGAUGGUGGCUGCUAAUCUAAAGCUGGGCAAGAACAUGAUCAAUUAUGCCAAGUGCGUUGUGGUCGAGGAGAUACUGGAAACUAUUGGCCUAAAGGAGUCGGUCAAUACGCUCACCUGCAAUCUGUCGGGAGGUCAGCGGAAGCGUUUAUCGAUUGCCCUGGAGCUGGUUAACAAUCCCCCGGUCAUGUUUUUCGAUGAACCAACUUCAGGGCUGGACAGCUCCACCUGUUUUCAGCUAAUUUCACUGCUCAAAUCGUUGGCACGCGGCGGUCGCACAAUUGUCUGCACAAUUCAUCAACCAUCGGCUCGUCUUUUCGAGAAAUUCGAUCAUCUUUACCUGUUGGCCCAGGGUCAAUGUGUCUACGAGGGGCGAGUGCAUGGUCUGGUACCGUACUUGUCAUCCCUGGGCUACGAAUGCCCCUCGUAUCAUAAUCCCGCUGAUUACGUGCUCGAAGUCGCUUCCGGUGAGUAUGGCGAGGCCGUUCCCAAGCUGGUCGAAGCCGUCAAGAGCGGAAUUUGCAAGAAAUACAUGCACAAAGAAUACGGAAUCAAGGGCAUUGCCAAUGACAUCAUCAAGGGAAACGGAAGUGGAAAUGACAAUUGCAGUGGCAACAAUAUCACAGCAAGCACGACAGCUGCCGCCACGAUCACGCUGGAGGAUGAGAAGCCGCUAAAAACUCUAGAGACAAUUGCCGAUGAUGCGGAUGAACUUAGCGAACUGAAACCACCGAUGCUGGAGGCACAGCAGUCCCAGAAUUCCGACUGCAGCGUCAUCAACAUGCCCACCACCAACGAGGACAGCUGCAGCUUCAGUUCCUCCAAAGGAGGUCAAAGUCAGAAGGCCGUUUCCGGGGGAACAAAUGCCGUAGUCGGUUGUAUGACCUCACUUCUCGAUUCUCAUGAGAGUGUCGUCACGCUGCCGAAUAAGACAGGUUUCCCAACCAGCGGCUGGACACAAUUCUGGAUACUCCUUAAGCGAUCAUUCCGCACAAUCAUGCGAGACAAGAUGUUGACUCACAUGCGUCUGGCCUCUCAUAUCAUUGUCGGCGCCAUUAUCGGCAUGAUCUACUAUGAUGUGGGCAACGAGGCCAGCAAGAUCAUGAGCAAUGCCGGCUGCAUCUUCUUUGUCUCCUUAUUCACCACUUUCACGGCCAUGAUGCCCACCAUUCUAACAUUUCCAACGGAGAUGUCGGUGUUUGUGAGGGAGCAUCUCAAUUAUUGGUACUCUCUCAAGGCUUUCUACUUUGCUAAAACCAUUGCUGACAUUCCAUUUCAGAUUGUCUUCUCGAGUGUUUUUGUCUUGGUCGUUUACUACUUAACCUCUCAGCCCAUGGAAAUAGAGCGCAUCUCAAUGUUUGUGCUAAUCUGCGUGCUCAACUCUCUGGUGGCUCAAUCUUUGGGUCUGCUUAUCGGUGCUGGAAUGAAUAUUGAGACUGGAGUAUUUCUUGGUCCCGUCACGACGAUUCCAACAAUUCUAUUCUCGGGUUUCUUUGUCAACUUCGAUACCAUACCCGCGUAUCUCCAAUGGGUGACAUAUGUCAGCUACGUGCGCUAUGGAUUCGAGGGUGCCAUGGUUUCGAUUUAUGGCAUGGAUCGCGCCAAGUUACAUUGUAACGAGAUCUAUUGUCAUCAUCGUGUACCUAAGAAAUUCCUGGAGUGGAUGUCAAUGGAGGAUGCACGUUUCUGGGUCGAUGCAGUUGCCCUGAUAGGUAUCUUCUUUGCCCUCAGGAUCAUUGCGUACUUUGUGCUCCGGUGGAAGCUGCACAUGAUACGUUAAGAGGGGGAUGGGAGGCUCCCAUUCUGUUAUGUAUACUCCUAAGAUUAGACUUAAUUUCAAUCAUCAAAUUCAGGGGUGGACAGCUAGUGACUCACUGAGCUCACCGGGCUCUUUUCGUUAUUAUGGCCAAUUGGCGCCCGGAUGUCAAAUUUAUCGUUGUCGACGAGCUUAACAACAACACCGCAUUAGAACAGUGGUAGAAA